AUGAGAAAUUCAUUAUACUCAGUAAGCUUUGAGGACGCCAUUCAAACAAUAGGAGGCCAUCAUAGAUAUCAAAAAUUGCUUGUAGCGCUGGUUUCUGGUAUAUGGGCAAUUCAAGCUUUUUUUAUAAGGCUUCCCUUUGCAUUGCCUAUUAGAAAACAGCUUGAAAUUAUUAUCGGAAAAUUUAAAAUGGCCUUUUAUAUUAUUUCUUUGAAGUUCUCAUUAAUAAGUCCAACUCUUGAAUGCAGUGUUAAUUCUGACGACUGUUGCAAAACCAUCUACAAGAUAGCAGAAACUUCACCUUACAAUGCAGCCAGAGAAUGAGAUUUAGUAUGUGACGAUAAAUAUAAAAUAGACCUUAUAAACGUGUGUUUUUAUGCAGGGCUUGGUAUAGGGAUUUUUUUACUUUCUUGACUUGCAAAUGCAUGGGGAAGGAAACCGGUCAUAUUUACCUGCUUAAUUUGUGCAGCAGUAUCUCUGAUAGCCGCUUGCUUAAGUGUCUCUGCAGAGUUCUUUAUGGGCUGCUGCAUGGCGAUUGGGUUCUUUAUCGGUGGAAUUUAUAUGACUUGUCUAGCUUACCUUAUAGAAGCUGUCAGUAUAAAAUUCAGAGGACUUUAUACAGGGGCUAUUUUUGUAGCCUGGGGCUGUGGUAUGCUUUUAAUGAGUUUAUUUUCCUUGCUCCCCCUCUAUGGGCGAAUAAAAAAAAUUUAGGGGGUUAAUUUUUUUAAAAAUUUUAUAUAUAAAUUUAUAGUAAAAACUUAAAAAAUAUAAUAUUCGAAAUAACUUAAAGCAAAUAUUAAUUUAAUUUUUAAGGUUUAAAAUUAAAAGAAUUAACUAGAGAUUUCGUUAUAAUAAUUAUUACUCACAUAUCAAAUAUUUUUUCAUGAAAAAGUUUUAUAUUAAAAAUCUUUUGUUCGCUCACAGAGGGUUUUUUUACCAAAAAUAAGGAUGCUUUUGUUCUCUAACAGAGGGAGGAGCUACUUGUCGAUUCUUGAAGGAUUCAAUUUAUUGUGAUCGCUUUUUUCGACAUAUCUAUGACUCCAAUAGUCUUCAAGUUUCACGAAUCCCCUAGAUUUUUGGCAGCAAAUCGAGGAAAAUACUCGAAAGCAAGGUAUAUCCUGAAUAACAUUGCACACAUAAACAGUCAGCAGCCCUUUGUAGAGAUGCUUGAAGGGGAAAAGGUGAUAGGGUACCAAGAAGACCACAGCAUAAGUACUUCGUCACAGCCUAGUGACAGCACACAGUCAAGCAGAAAAUAUUCAUUUAUUCCGAUUUCUAAAGGAAUUGUGAGUGUUACUGAAGCUGAAUUGAAAAACGUGAAGCAUUAUUCUUAUAUUGAUUUGUGUAGAUUGCAGUCUUAAUCUCAUCUUAAUUACAGGCUUGCUUUUGCCUAUUGGUUGCGCAGUCAUCGCUCCGGGGUUCAUUCGCUUUGCAACGCUGUCGGCCAAGUGGGGAAUUUAAUCAUUAAAUUAUUAUAGAGAACCUCCCAGCAAGCUUGAAAAAAUUUCAUGUCACUUAUUUAGCAUCUGCCCCUUGCUCUCCAGUUUGAUUCCACAGCUUAAGGUUUGUGUUGUUCCCUCCUGACGAGAGUCUGCACUAGCUAUCCGGAGAUAGAGAUACUGGGUCACCGCGCCGUUAGUCAACGAGGUUACCUUUUCCAAAAAUUCGAAAAGUGAAUUUCUGGUCAGGUUCUCGACCCAGAUGAAACUUGUAGUCUAGAGGCAACUUCCGGCAUCGCAUUAGGAAAAUAUCCGAUUACCAAAGCGGACGCUCUCUGGCCUUGCUGGGAUAUCCCUUUCCAACUUCCAAGCUCCUUCCUCCUCGGGGUAAAACCCUGCCCUGGAUGUGAGCCUGCUGUCGGCUAGCCUAACAUUGCGCUCCACUAGACCAAGUAAAAUCGGGAUGGAUAUACAUACCAAACGCUUUUUCUCCUUGCACAAGGUCUGCUACAGGUGUUAAAAGGCCAGGUUUAUUCGCCACUCCAAGUGGGGAGAUUGAGAUUAUUAACCCAGCGGGAAAGGAUCUGCACCAGCUUGCUCCUCCACCAUGGGGACAUCAGAAGGGUGCGCUCUUUCUCUUGCACCUCUUCUCGCCUUACGGUUCCAGUGUUAAGUGUCAAAGAAUAGAUUGCAGUCAGUUAGAGCUGAAUAUGCAAUCAUUUUUAUGCUGUUUUUCCUUUUGGGCUUAAGCGAUUUGACUGAUAGCCAGCUAGCUCCAAGCUAUUUGGAAAAUAACUAUAUAAAUCAGUCUAUUAUAUCUGCAAUUGAAAUUUUAGCAUAUGCAGGGACAGUUUUUAGUCUUGGAAAAAUGGGUAGACAAGUAGGGCUAUUGAUAACUUUUGGGAUAACUGGGCUGUCUUUAUUAAUAGCUUUAGCUUUUUCACAGAAUAAAUGCAGCACAAAUGCAUUCUGUGCUAUAAAUACAUAUGUAUCAAAGCUGCUUCUGUCUAUAUCAAGGCUCGGGAUAUGUGGCUCAAAACUAAUAAUAUUGAUUAUGAUUAAUGAAAAAUUCCCUACGUCAAUUAGGAGUUUAUCAUUAGGUGGCUUAGGAGUCGCGAUAAUAGCAGCGAGCUUGCUGUAUCCUCAAACAAUUAUUUUCUUUGCGAAAUCAAAGAUGAGUCCUAUGCUUGGAAUAGGAAUUUUAAUGCUGUUUGGGAGUGUGAUUUCUUGUAUGGUUACUGAGACCAAGGACAAGCCGAUGGAAGACUAUGUGGAAGAAGAAAAAGAAGAAAUGAAAAACCCUGUAGAUAUUAGUAAUUUAGAAAUUCAGCCGGCAGAGAAUAAUUCUUUGAAUCACCAGAAUGAGAACUUCCAGCAGUUAAAUGAAGAACAAUAA